AAAAGGAGAACUUUACAGAUAUUCUGGAACUUAUUAAGGUGGAGGGAAAGAGCAAACAGCAGGGACUGAGAAGGAAAAGUUAUAAUCACAUCCUUUCAACCAGAAGAUGAGUUUGAUAGAAGUCCACAGUCCUUUAUCUCCAAUUCUCAAAUCAAAAAGCUCUGUAAAAUGGAAGAUAUUUUUUCAUUAAUUUGGUGCCAAAACUCAUUUGGCAGCAAAACCUGAUCUGAACUGACAUGAGCUUAAUCUUUAUCUCUUUUAGUAUGAAUAUUCAGACAUUUUUUUCCUGCAGAAAUGUUAAUGGCUUAAUUAUGGGAUGUUUCCUCAGACACCCCUGGGAAUGUUAUGUAAUAAACAGUACAUACUCUGUGUUACCUUUCUAAAAUCCAACAAAAAUUAAAUUCUAAAACACAGUCAGAUAGACUGUGGCCUAGAAUAAUGAUAGCUAACAUUUAUGGAGCACUUGCCAUCUGCAUGAAGCUGUGCUAAUCUCUUUUCAUCUCAUUUAAUCCUCAUAACACUAUGAAGCAGGUGUUAAAAUCAUCUCCAUUUUAAAGUUUGGAAACUGAUUCUCAGAGAGGUUAAAUAACUUACCCAGAGUGACACAACUUUUGCCCAAGCCGGAGUUUGAACCCAGAUCAGUCUGACUCUAGAUCCUACAUGCUGAAACUUGCACUCUACUGCCUGGGAGGGAUGGACCGUUGUGAAGGACACUGUGGGCUCUUUCUAGGCUUUCUGUGGAGAUGGAAUAGGCUGCCACCUAUUCUAUGUCAUUUGAAGGCCAACAUCCUACCUCCAAAUAUGUCCCCUCCCCAUCCUUACUUCUCUGUGAUGCUAUAAUAUGGCUUUAUUCCUUAAGGAUCAUCUGAAUGGUUUUUCUCACAGGAACUGUCAGUAUCAAAAAUCCACUGUGCAACUUGUUAAAGAACAGAUUCCUGGCAUCUACCCCAGACCUACUGAAUCAGAACUGCUAGGGACUGGGACCAAGUUGAUUCUUAUGUGCAUCAAAGUUUGAGAAAAAAGUGAAUGCCCUGAGAAAGGCCAAUCAUUAACCCUCAUUAAUUAACAUCUUAGCUAUCAGUUGACAGCUCGAGUGGCAGGAAUAAACUCAUGGAUGGACACCUGGAAAGUGGAAGAUGUCUGAAAGGUAGAUUUAGAAGGGUGAGAUAUGGAAAGAAAGAAGGAUAUGACAGUAUCUCUGUACGUUGGCAAUAUGAGAUAAGGGUGGAGCCUCACAAAUGGCAUUGUUCAGCUGCAUUUGAACAAUCUCAAAAGCAAAUCUCUCAUUUUAGUUUUGCCACUUAGAGCACCCAUCUAUUAUGUCAUUGAUACAACAACCCUCCGAAGUAGACAAGAUAGUCAUCCUCAUUAGGUAAAAGAGGAAAUUGAGACUCAAAUGAGUUCUUCAAAGUCAUCUAACUGAUUAAUGCUAGUGUUUGAGUAAGUUUCUGGCCCCCGAUCUUAUACUGUUUCAAUCUUCCAAUAAUUUCUUCUAUAGGUCUAGAGAGGAGGAGCCAUCAAAGAAAACCUAGGGAAUCAAGUGUUACAUUUAAUGAUACACACUUUUUGCUCACAGUGGCCAAUCUAAAAACAUUUAAAUAGUACGCUACACAAGGAAAGGGCAAUGAGAGGAAUUACACUACAGAAUAGUUCAACUGAUAUGCCAUAUGUUUGGAGUUUGUUUUUAACUUUUACUGAUUGCUUUAUUCUUGUUAUCAAUGCAGAGAUGACUACUGAACAUUUUGAUCUCUACACUUUUAAGAAUAUUCUGUACUUGUUUGCUAGGUUUUCAACCUCACAUCUUCAUCUUGCUUGUGAUGUCUUAUCUCCCUGACAACCAAAUGUGACCUCAGACAGGGACUAGGAAGCCAGAAAAAUGAAUUAACUACCACCAUAGCAAUCAGGUCUCCGGAUCUGGAGGCUAGAAUUGGGGCACUGAGUGUCAAGUCCAACCAGUGAUUAUUCCAAUUCAGGCUAAGUGCUCUCUAGAGCAGUGCUUCUCAAACUUCAGUGCACAUUCAAAUCACCUGGGAAAUCUUGUUAAAGCGGAAUACUGACACAGUAGGUCUGGGGUGGGACCUGAGAGCCUGCAUUUCUAACAACCUUCCUGGUGAUGCUGAUGCUGCUUGUUCCCAGAUCACAUUUUGAGUAGCAAGGGGCACGAAACGUCAUCAUGCUCAAGUAUUAUAUGCAAGUGAGCACAUUUGUGGUCCUGAAGGAAGUGCUGUUGUGGACAGCAGUCUUGAUGAGCAUGCCAGCUCUAAUAUUAACUAGUUGUAUGACCUUGGGCUAACAUUUUUACCUCUCUGGAUCUAUGUUUUCUCAUCUGUGAAAUUACGAAUUUGGCCUGGAUGAUCUCUAAGAUCACUUUGGAUUGUAAAAUUCUUUGAUUCUCUGACAAAAAAGAUGCUCUAGAACCAAAGGCUUAGUCUGAGGGCAAAUUGCUCCUGUGUUACAAGGCAAGGGAGUGGGGAGAAAAAUCUAUUGUGCUUUUGUAUUUAUCUUCUUAAUUCCAAAUCCUCUAUGUCUCCUAAGGUAAUUUAUUUCUUCUGAAUGUGCAGAGCAUUGGAAUUCUCCAUGAAGAAGAGGCAAAACUGAGUAGUGGACAACGAUUUUGCAAUCUCUCCAACUCAGCUCUCAGCAUCUUCUUGUGAGUUCUUCACAGCUAACAGCUUUGGCUAUUUGCUCAUAACAGUGUCUCUCUGAUCACAGAGCACACUCACUGUCUGCCUAUUGGUCUCUAGUACUGGUACACAAUUAAUUGUACUUAGUCCCACUUGGUUCCAGAAGAUAUUAUGGAGAAGUACACAGAAUCACCACCUGCCUUGCAGGUAGAGCAUGCCUCCCUUCAGGCAGAGAAUCUGAUUCUGCGGCCACAAAUGCAGUAUCUGACUGAGGAGAACCCUGCUAUGAGGGGCCAAGUCAUGCCUUCCCUGGCUACUCCGAUGAUGCCUGUAUCCUGCUCACUUGAGCAUCUCUCCCAGUUUCGUGAUGACCCUGCCAGUCUCUCAGGGUUUCUUGCUCAGGUGACUACCUACUUGACAGCUCUCAAGAUCCCCAAUCCUGCAGAUGAUGCCCAAGUCAAGUUCUUUUUUGAUUACCUAUAUCAGCAGAUGAAAAGUUGUGGGAUCAUAUCUGGGCCUGACAAGAGAACUCUGCUGAAGCAAUAUGAGAACUUUGUUCUUGAGUUCCAGCAGUCAUUUGGUGAGCUCACAAAACAGAAAAGGAACAAUCUAGACAAAGGGGACAACUCUCAGCAGGAUGCUACUACUUUCCAGAUCCUUGCUCAAAAUCUGAGCUAUAAUGAAACCAAUCAGACUGAUCACUUUCAAGAAGGACUAGCUGACCCCAUCCAGGAUGAAGUAAGUGGCACAGAUAUGGUGGACAACCUCCCAGACCUGGUCACUCAGUGUAUUCAGUUGGACAGGAAACGUAGUGACAGGCCAGAGCUCCUACAGUCAGAGCCCCAGCUCCCAAUGUUGGCUUCCUUGAUCAACCACCAAGCCCUCUCCAGCCCCAUAGGUUUAUCACCCAAGGAAGAGCCUAUACAGCUGCGGGGGAGCCAGCUGCCUCUCACCCCAGCCAAACGAGCACGCCAGCAAGAAACUCAGUUGUGCCUCUACUGCAGCCAGUCUGGUCACUUCACAAGAGAUUGCCUUGCCAAACGUUCUCGAGCCCCAGCAAGGAUAAAUGACCCAGCUCAUCAGUAAAAGGAACCUAGGCAGAUCACUUUGUAAACCUGUAUCCCUCUCACCUCCAGCCUUACUAAUUUAUAUCCUGCACUAACAUUAAAAUACAGUUGGGGAACUGUUAUAACACUUUACAGAAGUCAUGAACUUAUGUGCUUCUGGGAAUUUAAACAAGCAGAUCUUGUGACCCAUCACCAAGCCUGACCCAAUGAUGAUGAAAACAACUCACAGGCACUUUCUGCAGUUGGAAAUAAUUCCCCAAGAGUACUGAAAACCUGCAGGCAAAACUCUGCCCAGUCUGAGCCAAUAAAAACAACCCUGGCAGUACAUUUGGAACCCCAUCCCCACCAAUGGAUGAGAUCUGGGUUGAGUUUGUUGGCCUAAGUCUUCUGCGCCUGAGAUUAUGCCUAAGCCUUUCACCUUCAUCCUCACUGGUCUGUCUCCUAUUUUCAUGUUGGUUUCGAACCCUUGACUGAAGUCCUAAUUGCAUUCCCAUAUCCUACCAAUAUUUUCCUAUUGGAGGCUGGAUCCUGCUCCACCUAUUGGCUAGAGUCCAUCUUCAAUACAAACUAACCUGCAUAGAACACACAGCUCUGCCACCCUUCCAUAGCUAUGCAUUUUGUUGCCAUUUAAAGGCUUCUGCUUACCCAACAAACUGGAUCUCCUGCCUAAUGACAAACCAGAUGGUAUGGCCCUUUGAAAACUCUGCUUGGAACUGUUGAUACAUUUCUUUGAGGGCUAUCUCUUCAGGCAGGUACAUGUUGUUUGCUAAGCCCUACCAAUCCCAGAUUACUGUUCUCUUCCCCAACACCCUACUCUAGGUUCCAGGAUGUUUUAUGAACCACCUACCCUCAUGGACCACCUCUGGGGACCCUCAUCUAGUUGAGGAUCUUGAAGAGCAAUUAAUGGCAGACAAGUUUCUGAACCAUCCCGUCUGAAAAAUCCGAGGGCGUAUACAUCAACACCAUCUGUGCGUAAAACUCAAGAAGUGGGGGUUUGAUUGCUCAUGUUGUUCUCUUGGCACACAUCAGCUCUGUGAAUGGAUUCCUAAUGCUUCUGAACAAAAGUAGUGCCAUGCUGAAAAGACACAACUCCCUAAAAUGUUAAGGAUAUCCAGUGAUGGCCAGUGUUUGGUGGGAAUUUCCAGUCCGCUGUUCCCUGCUUCUUGGUGUUGAUGUAUGUCCCCAUAAUGGAUCUCCUGAAGAAAAAUCAGUAAUUCCAUAUUCCCUAGCAACCAUAAAGGCCUCUCAUAAUAUGAAGUGCCAUUUACUUUGGCUUUAUUUCUGGAGAAUUCGGCUAACUUUGACAAUACUUAAACCCAGCUAACACCUUACUACUCUCAUCCUGUAGUGCAAACAAACAGAUCUUUUCACCCAUCAGUGCCUCGCUAACCAAUGUGCCAAUCCUUAUUUGCAUUCAUAAGAGUUCUCCUUUAUCAACAGCUUGCUAUAUGUCUAUCUUACUUCAUAUGCUCUCACAACAAGGAGACAUGCAUGCACAUAUUCCAGUUGUGCCAAGAAAUUCCCACUGGAGUACUGGGAUUGUAUGAGAUCCUCUAACAAGGAGAUCUAUUUGAACUUGAAGUGACUCUGAGAUUACCUGGAGGUAUCCUGCUCCAGUCACUUUCCUUGCUGACCCCAGUAUAGUCCUGGAAUGCUGAUAGGAGCAUUCUGUUGGCUUCAUCACCAAUCUUUCCUUAUCUUAGGACCAGAAUUUAUCAUUGUGUGCUUUCUCACAAAGAUGUACCAUUUUAUUUCCUGUUUGGUCCUUCUCUCAGCAGUGACAUUACCUUCUUCAUCAAGAAAUCUUAAGAUUCCAUAGCCUCUUAGAACAGAUUAUUAAUCCUGGGCUAUGAACUUCAGUGCACUUCCCACUUUCAGAAACCCUUUGUUGAGGAAUUCUCAAUCAAGGACUUCUUGUACUCUCUGUAGUAUACAGCCAGACUGAGCAUAUGAAUAGGAUGUUAGGAUGAUGCUUUACUGUCUACUAGCUAGCAACCAUUUUUUUGUUUACCACUUCAAAAUUUUGUUAUAGUGACACUAGCCACUUCAACUAGAAUGAACUCAUUACUUAGCAUAAGGAGAGUUACAUGGAUAUGUCCUCAGAAUUUAUACCUAAGUGAAAUUCUCUGAGAGUGAAGCUAAUUAAAAUCUACAGAGAACAGAUGAGAUGUAAUCUACUCAAAGAUGAAGUUUGCAACUGCAUAGGCUUGGGGAACCCCCAGGUCCAAUCAAGUUUGUAGUUUCAGGGAGGCAGAUCUGCUACAUGAUUAAUGCCACCCAGAAAGGUAGAAUUUAAUCAUCUUAUGAUGAGUCUGAAGAAGAAAUUGUUAACAAGAGAACGAUCUGCAUGGAGUCUAGAAAAGAGGGUAAUUAAAGAGCCAUAGGGCAUCAGUAAUCUCUCUAGACUCAGACAGGGGACAUUGACCAGCAGAUGCUUUGGCAGGUCCACCUACAGUGGGAUGAAGGCACCAGGCCAUCCCAAUUUGUGUCAUUAGCCAUAAAGAUUGUCAUCUAACUCUCUUUGCUCUGAUUCCAUGCUCUAAGAAGUCAUCUGAUUGUAAUUACUUUCCCAUAUAAACUUUGUUAAGGGGAGAAAAUUUGCUAACCAGCUGACAUGAGUGUUUUGCCCUACUUGGCAAUUAAUUCUCAUUAUAAAUGAAUAAAUUGAUGUUUGGCUUACACAUAAGUUUUUUCGUGGGUUUUAAUAGCAUCAGUCCUUCAAAUCCUAAUUAGCUCUGAGCACACAGGAAAAAAAAAAUUAGAUUCUCACUAUGCAAAGACAGCACCACAGUGUGAACCAUAGUAAGUCCACUGAAGAUUGGCCUCCCUGAGAUGCUUGCCUCAACAGUCAGUCAGCUUCCCUCUUUAUCUCUCUCAUUUGUCUACAACUGUAAUAAAAUUCCUAAAUACUGGUGGUUUUCACUUUCUGUACUUACCCACAUUCACACUCAGCACCAUGGUGCCCGCCAUAAGUAAUUGCUUCUUAUAAUACUACAUUGUUCAGUCUAAACAUCAUAAUAUACUGCCAUGGAUGAAGACAUAACAUAUCGCUGUAGAGAUGAGCCACUGACAAACACCUUUUAAAGAGGGAGGAGUGCAUGAUUGGCCUAACUCUUAUCACCUCUGUUCUGUCCAGAUGGCAACACAUAGGACCCAUGCUGUCACUGCCCUCACUUCUAUCCAUGAUGGUAAAACAAUUAUCAUCCCUUUUCUGGGCUCUGGAAGAUCUUUUACAUCCAUCACCAUCUUGCCUAUAACCACAGUAGUCAUCUCUGAAACAAAACAGAGCAUUUAGCAUAUACCAGCAUCUUGGCAAAAUCUAACACCUCAUGCCCUUGGGAGAGCUCUAGGCAUUUGUGUCACAUCUAUAAAGCCUUCUACGUUGGUGGCCAUGUUUCAUUGCCUCCCUAUGAAGGUUCAGGCCUCACAUUACCAAGAGAAUGGAAAAACCUUCAAGGGAAUAUAGUGCCAUGGAUUUUCAAUGUCACCUUUUUGCAAGUGUCACCGCCCACAUUUUAAAAGCAAAAGUCCCAGAAGUGAGUUAUACCAUUUAGUAGAGUCAGGAGAACUAUCUUGGUACCUAAACUGUGCUGCCCAGUCAUUGAUUGCCACUAUAACUUUGAGCAUUUAUAACUAAAUUAUUUGUGUUGCUUCCUGAUAUUGGCUUUGAUUCUUGGGUCUACUUGAAUCUGCUUCCUGCUCAUUGAUUUCUAGUACAUAUCCUACAUGGCACUGGUUCUCUUAUGUGUCCAGCUCAGUGAUAAACAGUUGUGACUGUAUUUCACCAACCACAUUCACUUUAUAGUAACCCAGUGGAGGACAAUGUAGAAUUUUAGUCUUCCCUAUGUAUAGAAGACUCAUCCCUUUGGGCAUACAAUCUGGCUUUGUGUGUAUCUAGAGAAAGGGAACUAAUAGUUGGUGAAUGCCUACUUUAUGCCAGGCACUGUGCUGAGUGCUUUAAUUUCUAAUGAUACUCACUUAACUUCAUAUUACUAAAAGAUUGAAUAGCCAUUUCUCACAUUUGAGGCUCACCACAGCUUUAUGUGGUAGGUGUUAUAAAUUCAAUUUAAUGAUGAUGAAAUGAAGGUUCAGAGCAGUUAACUUACCUGCCCUAAAGUCACGCAGCUAGUAAAUGGCAGGGCUAGGAGUUGAAACCAAUAUCUUUAUAACUCCAGAGCCACUUGAUCUCUGAUAGAGAAGGGAAACAUUCUAAGUCACACCCCUCCUGACUAGCCUAACUGACCGAAUUACACCUCCCAUAGCCACUCAGUACAGAGAGGCCACUCUAGGAACUGGCAUUUACAUAGGCACUGGUUGAAACUCAUGUUCUGGACAGCAGUCUAUAAAGGAAGCACAGAACAAAUCAGUGCCUUCCAGGACUUUGAAAUUUCAUUUGUGUUUCUGAUGAGUUAGAGAAAAUUCCUUGACACAUCUAAAAAUACACUGUGUUUGCAUUAUCUGAUUGGGUGGGCUCUUGCUUAUUGAGUCAGGAUUUAACAAAUGCUUCUGGCUAUCACAAAGCCUUCAUAUUUCUGUAGCUCUUCAUUCAAAGCUAUUGAGUCUUUUUGAACAAUAGCUCAAUGAUAUUUACAGUGUUUGCACAAUGCCAGGAGACAACAAAGACUUUGAAGUCUUCAGAUGGUUAUCUGCCAUUGUCAUGGGAAAAGCAAGAUUAAAAUAAGAGUUUGAUUAAUUCAGACAGCAGUUAGUCAGCCAUUUAAAUCUGAGAACUGCUCCCAAUGUAUCAACCUCGGAAUUUCCAGUCUAACAAUCUGACUCUGAGGAACAUUUAUGGGAAGAUAGCAUUGUUCUUCCUUACAUUAACCAUGAGGUUAGCAACAAUGAUCAAACAUCAUGUUCCUUUAGUCACCCAUGAUGUUUCUAUCAUGCAUGAGUCCUUUAUUAAAUCUGUUUUCAGUCUGUAAUAACUUAUGGGGCAAUAGAGACCAUAGGUUUACCACCUGCCAUUUAAAUCAGACUUCCUUUUACUUGCAUUAGCUUCACCUGUGUAUAAUUCAAAGGCAUUCCCCCUCCCUGUUCAAUUGUUCCAGGAUAUGAAAGUCUUUUGAUGCUGAUCACUUCAUACAUGAUUUUAGAGGCUACAGAUAAUAAUAACAGUCACUGAGUGCUUACUAUGUGCCAAGGACGAGGCUAACUGAUUACGUGCACAGUUCUUACAACAGCCCCAUGAGAAAGGCACUUUUAGUAUUCCUAUUUUACAGGUGAAAACAAGUAAACUCAAAGAGUUUAAGUGACUUGCCCAAGAUUGCAAACUACUAAGUCUUGGAGCCAGAAUUCAUAUCUAGGUCUAUCUGACAGAAAAGGCCAUGUUUUUGACCACUAUACUACACGUCCUUCCCAGAUUGGUGUCCCAGGCUGAAAAGUCCUAAUCUUUCUAGUGGGCAUCAUGCAUUCACCCAUCUAGACAGUAAUCUCUCCAGCAUGCCUUUUCAAAACUGUCUCCAGGUCUACUCUGUCUUUAGUGAGGGACAAUCAUUACAAACGCAUCCCGAAUUCCAGAUGUGGACGCAAAAUAAAUUUGAGCAACAUAACCCUUUCUUUUUUUAUUUCUAAUGCUUUUUAAAAUGAUAUCCAGUAAUUUGGAGGCAUUUGGGGGUUUCAUCAGUAUCUUGAAAGAACAGUCCUUGUGGAUUCUUCCCUGAAGGCUGCACUUCUCUUUCCUGAGUCAUAAUAAUUGACGGGACAAAUCCACUACAAUAAAAAUGUGGUUGGAAUGUUUUAAUGAAUGGGUAUCUUUAAAACAACUCUGAAGUUCAUCUUUCUUCCCUCUCACAUGGUUUUCCUAUAGAUUUUCCCCCAUUGUCUUUCUUAAUAUUAUUAAGAGCUAUCAUUUAUCGACCACUUACUACCUGCCAGGCGUUGUGCUCUUUGAUUUAUGUGCAUUUUUUCUUUUAAUUCUCACAACAACUCUCUUAGAUAUCUGUUAUUAUUAUCUCUAUUAUGCAGAUUAGGAAAUUGAGGCUUAGAGUAGUUAAGGAAAUUAUCCAUGGAGCUAGUAAGUAAGAGGCAGGACUCAAGUCCAGAUACAUCUAACAACAGAACCCAUACUCCUACACAGUACAUUACUAUCCCUCUACAAUAGGAGUCAACAAACUACCACCUGUAGACCAAAUCUGACCUACUGCCUGUUUUUAAAAGUAAAAUUUUAUUGGAACACAGCCAUAUCCAUUCAUUUACAUACUGUCUAUGGGUGUUUUCAUGCUCGGGCAUGUAUGGCCCACAAAGCCAAAAUAUAUUUACUAUCUGGUCCUUUACAGAAAGUUUCCUGACCCUUAAUCUAUGACACAUUAAAGUGUUGUCAGACCAGCCCUUGAGGCAUCUCACUAUUUAUAUUUCUUAUUUCAAAUGGCCCAUUUAUCCUUACUUUUUGUUUCUUGCAUAAAUUAAUUCCAUAUAUAUAAUGAAACAAUGGGAUUUUGUAAAGGCUUGAAUAGGAUGCCUUGGCAGUCUAAAUAAAUAGAUUUCAUUGGUACUCCUUUAUCAACACACAUACUUUCUGCAUCAAACAACUCUAACAGAUGGGCCAGGUAUGGUUAUGGGAGAUAUUUGCUAUUUACCUUCCCAACAAGCAUUCUCCUUUUGGCAAUGGACCCUAAUUUUCAUAUAGAGAUCCAACUUCUUUCCCACUUCAGUCCGCCUUCCUGGGUAGAAUUCCACCUCCAGCCCUGAGACCCAUACCUAAGUCAAUGAUCACAUGGCAUUUGCCUGGCCACUGUGACUAUUUCAGGCGUGGACUUGUGUCUUAAACUUAUCCAAGCAGAGUGCAUUGUAUGGCUUUUCUUGGAAAGGUUGGACUAGUACUCUUGUUUUUCCCUACAGAAAUGAGAUGUAGAAAAACGUAGCUCUGAUUAUUACUGACAGUCAUCUUCUGAGCAAGAGAGAAAGGCCCAUUUAAGAGAGGAGACAUCCUGAGGAAGCAGAACUGAGGAUCAGGGAGAAAACAAAUCCUGAUGAUGGUUUUUGAAUCACUGAAUCCAGCUAUGCCUGAAGGUGUUUAGCAGUGUAAGCUAAUAAAAUCAUUUAUAGAUGCACAUUAGAUAGAGUUUUUGCAACUGAGAGUUCUGAUAAAAUGAUUUUCCCUACUGAAACUAUACUAUUUUUAGCCUAAUAUAUUAUAUCAACUUGAGUAGUCAAUGCCUAGUAACAGCAAAAAAGUUCUUACAUUGCAGUGGUGGUAUUGGGUAAAGAACAAUCUUAUGCAUUCUGCCCCACUUUUAACCCUCUAAUGCAGAAAUUCCCUGCUUCUCUCCCAGGAGAAGUUUCGCAGAGUCUAUUGAAUUCACGAGUUUUGUUUGGCCUACUGAGCAGAUAUAGACUGACCCUGUGUAGACCAAUCACCUUCCAAAAGGAUUACAAGCUUCUGCCCCCAAGUCCCGCCGUUAUUUAGUAAACAAAUGUGAGAUGGCUGCUUAGUGUUUUGGGAGCAGGUUUUGGCCCAAGACCUUUCCCAUCCUCAACACCUGCACCUUUGCCACGUACAUAGCAAGACAGCAAAGUAUAAUGGUUAAGAAUGGGGCACUCUGGAGCCAGCCUGCCAGGGUUCCAGUGCUCAUUCUACCUCUCAUUAACUGGAAAAUCUUUCUCAGUUUCCUUAACCUCUCUGUGCCUCAGUUUCCUAUUCUAUAUUGGGUUAUUAUGAAGACUAAAUUAAGAAGUAUUUAUAAAAAAAACUUAAAAUAGAGCCUGGUAUACAAUAAGCAAUAUAGAAAUGUUAAACAACAACAAAACACAUGAAUAAAUGGCAGAAAAAGUACUAGAGACAUUUGAAAGAUAUAUGCAGAGAGUCUGUCAAAAUAUACAUGGUCUUAAACCAUAUAACAUACGAUGGGUAAACAUAGUCUCUCCCUUUCCCAACUAGGGAUGCAUUUCUACCACUUUCUGUAAUAGUCCCAAUGGAUAAAAGAAGAAUCUAUUAUCCAGUCCAUACUUAAUUCUUCCAUUUCUCCUAAAAGUGGCUUUUAUAGCUUUAUUUACGAUUUAGGAUUGAAUUAAGGUCUCUUUAUUACAUUUGGGUUGUGAAAUCUCUUUAGUUUCUUUUAAUCUUAAAUAGUCCCCUGCUAUUUUUGUUGCCAGUUUGUUUUUCAUCACAUUGAUAGUUUCAAAGAGUCCAGAUCAGUUCUAUCAUCUAGAAUAUCCUACAUUCUGAAAUAUUCUGAUAGUUUCUCUAUGAUUACACUCAGAUCAAAUAUUUUGAAAAAGACCUCUACGUGAUGCUGUGGACUUCCCACUGUAUCACAUCGCAGGCCCAGAAUGUUGAUUUGUUCCCAUAUUGAUGAUGCUGGGUUUGAUCUCAUGGCUACAUUGGGGAUCCAUCAGCUCUCCACGCUGUAAAUAUACCUUUUUUCCUUUAUAGUAAAAAUUAACCGGACAGCGAUAUCCUGAGGCCUUUUGACUAUCUGCUUGUAACAAUCUUUACCCAAUGAUUUUAACUUCCAAUGACGAUGUAGGCUUGUACUUGUUAUUACACUGGGAGAUACAGAAUGGUGACCUACUAAUUCUAUCAUUCUUUCUACAUUUAUUACUUAGCAUUCUUCUAUAAAAAAGAGCUUCCAUCCCUUCCUUCUCUGCCUCCCCUUCCCCCCUCCGCUUUCACUAUGGACUCAAAAAACAAAUGGUUUUUUACUAUCUAAUGGGAUAUGAGCAUUCUUCCUUCCUGAUGUUCCAAGAUUCUUUCUUUUAGCAUUUCCUUUCUCUUUCAAGAACUUCUUUAGCCAUCUUUUAAGGUAGGCCUGCUGUCAACAUGUUUUCUUAGUUUGCCUUUAUCUAAGAAUGUCUUGGUUGCCUUCUUAAUUCUUGAAAGUGUUUUUUGCUGGAUGUGAGAUGUAUGGUUGAUAAUUCUUUUCUUUCAGCACUUUAACAAUUGUGUGCUACUUUUUUCUGGCCCUCGUAGUUUCUGAUGAGAAAUCCCCUGUAAUUUGAAUUUUUUUUUCCACUCUAUGCAAGGUGUUAUUUCUCUUUUACCACUUUCAAUGUUUUUUUCUUUCUUUAGUUUACAGAAUUUUGACUAAGAUGUGUCUUGGCAUGAUUUCUUUAGAUUUCUUUACUACGAGCAUGAUAGUUCUUUACUUUGAAUCCAGUGAACUCUGUAUAAACGUAAAUUCCCCUGGGAAGGGUCCACAUUAAGUUUUGUCAUUAAUUUGAGACUGAGUGUAAAGAAAUGUACCACCCACUGUGAGAUUGGGGUGGUAGUCCGGAAAGGCACACAAAAAGAGGAGGCAGGACCUAGGGAAAGUAAAUUUCCCCUUUGUGAGUUUUGCUUUGAGUACGAAGAGGCCUGACCUUUAAUCAGGACCCCAGAUCUUGUGCUGAUUGCUGUUGAACUGCCAAGGGUUUUGACACUGCCCCAAGGUGAUCUUGUACUGGCUGAGGUGUAUACCCUAUUUAUCCUCCUGAGAAGAGUGUUAAAUAAAUCAGUGGAAGUGGCCAAGUCCAGACUUGCUGGCCUGGGAGCCUCUGUACAGUGGCAUUUUAUUAAUACAAACAAUAGCAUUUCCAAAACACAGUGCGUUAUUCCCAGGCUAACACAGCAGUCCCUGAGUGCAGUUCAGUACUGAAGCAGGAAAAAUGGCCUCCAGGUUUAGAAUGCCUUUUCUAUUCUUUUUUCCUGUCAAAGACUGGGAUUCUGGCCUUUUACAUGUUUUCUAGAUUUGAAUCUAAGCACUAUUGUAGCAAUUUAGACUUGUUGGGACAAGCAUUUUGGAAAUACCACCCCAAUGGCUGUACCUUCCUCCAGGAAAAAUUAUGCACUAUGUAUUUGUCACAGGUGGGAAUUUUAAUAAAGUUACUGUUCAUUUGGAAAAUGUAGACAAAUUAACUUUGAUGGCCCCAAGACUGGUAAAAUUAUCACAUAUGUCAGUGCCUAUUUUUGGUAUAUGGCCUUGAUGAAUACCCUGAUGCCUAGGGAUGCAGGCAUUGGAGAGUGUGAGGUAAAGUGGAGCUUGACAUCUGCAUUCCUGCUAUGAGUUUCAUUUGGGAUGACAGUUAGGAUACAAUUCAAGCAAUUAAUUCAUAGCGAGAGCCCACUAUGUGACAGGCACAGCAGGGAUGCAGAAAAUGCUAGAACAGAGCCCCUGCUUUUAAGGGGCUUAAAACAUGGCAGGGUAGAUGAGACCUCUGGUGGUGAUGAUAGGCAUGAUGAAAGUGGUAAUAGCUACCUUUAACUGAGUGCUCACUGUUUGCCCAGUACUGUGCUUAGUAUUUGACAGGCACUAUCUCAUUUACGCCCUCUAAGAACCUUAUGAGGUAUGUACUGCCGUGCACAUUUUGUAGAUGAAGGAACAGAGGCUCAGAACCAAUAAACAGUGAGACCAGGGUCACACCGCCAAGAUUCACACCUGGGUUUGCCUGACUCUAAAGCCUCAACUUUCAACCAUUGUGACAUAAAUAAUUAAACCAUAAGACAAAUCUGGAAGAGAUCUCCAAAAGACAACCAAUUCAAGUGUUUCUCAAACCGGAGGGACUUGGGAGAGAUGGAAGCCAAGUAGAGAUCCUAAAACGGAAGAAUUCUGGAUGGCAGUGGUGAGGAGGCCAGCACUGUGCUCUGAGAAUCGAUGCAGGGAGCAAGGCACGCUAGCUUCCUUAACUCCCUGCUCCUAGUGCUCUCUCCAGGCCAUCUUCUCACAACCAACAAGGAGACAGAAAUUCAUAAUGCUUCAAAAUACUGGCUGAUGUCAGCACCAGUAGAAAAAUUAAAUUAAGGCUUGAAUUUGGCAGACAGGACCUUCCACCUCAUUUCUACCUACACUUUGGAUAAUCACUUAAGCAACCAUGGGCAACGCACUGUGCUAGGCAUAUUAGAGAAAGUAGGGAUGAAUAAGAUAUGGUCUCUAUACUAAGAGAGAUUAUUUUCUAAGGCAAGGGUCAACAAACUUUUUCUGUAAUGAUCCCAGUAAUAAAUAAUUUUGGUUUUGAGGGCCAUAUAGUCUCUGUCACAACUACACAACUCUUUUAUUAUAGUGUGAUACUAGUCAUAGACAAUACAUAAACAAAUGGGUCAAUAGGACUUUAUUUACAGAAAUUGGCAGUGGGUUGGAUUUGACCUAUGGGCCAGAGUUUGCCAGCUCCUGCGCUAAGUCAUGGUUCUUUUCCUCGGUUACACAUUAGAAUCACCUGGCAAGAUUUAAAAAAUGCUGACAUCUGGGACUCAUCCUCAAAGAUUCUCAUUUAGUUGGUCUGGCCUAGGGCUUGGAACACAACUCUUAAAAAGUUCCCAGAUGAUUUUAAGGUGCUGAUAAUAUUAAGAACCACUGCUUUAAAUGGAAGCCAACUUGAUAUUAGCACUAGUAGGAAACAUGGGCCAGAAGGAAGGUGUGAAUACAUACCAUGGGAAUGUAGAGAAAAUAAAUUAUUGGUUUCAAUGAGGAAAUAAGGUUAGUCUUCCUGGAGGAGGUGGCACAUGAGCUAGUAAAGGAAGAAAAGGGAAGUCCAGGCAAGAGCAGGGCGUUACUACUACUACUACUACCCAUAUUCAUAUGACAAGUGCUUCUCUAUGUGCUUUCUAUGCAUUAAGGCACUGAAUUCUCACAGUGACCCACUGAGGCAGGUCUUAUUAUUAUUAUCACAUUAUGGAAGAGGAAACUAAGACCUAAAGACAUUGAGAAACGUGUCUUUGUUCACACAGCUGGGAAAAUGGCUGAGUGGCUAAAGUGCCAGUGCAUACAUAUAUAUGUGAUAAAAUGAAAAGUAAAUCAUGGGAACAAUAGACACAGAAUACAAGAUAGUUGUUACUUCUGAUAGCAACAAAGGGGACAAAGCGAUAAAUAAGAUAGAGUAGGAGCACGUAAGUAGAUAUAAAUUUGUUGGUAAUGUCCUAGUUUUUUUCAUUGGGCAGUAGUUUUACAGUUGUUUAUCAUAUUGGAUUUAUAAAUAAACAAAGCCAUGUGUGGGCCAAUGAUGAUAAUAUAUUAAUAUAUCAUGAACCAAGGAAUAUAUAAAUAAUCCAACUGUGUGUACCAGAUGUAAAAAAGAGAGGAGAGAGAGAUGAGGGGGAGAUGGCGAGGGAGGGAGACAGAGAAAAGGUUGGAGAAUUGGAAAGAUUUAGGAAUAGUAGUUAUUUAAACUACAAUACUCCCCACUCACACUUGGCUCCCAACAGCUCUCCACUAACCCUACCUGUCCUACGCGGUCAUCCCAAUAGUAGGAUUAUCAGGGGCUCAGCUAGGCUUCAUGUUCUUGGGAGGCCCUUGUGCCUUGUGGAAUUGGCAUUAAUUCCGGGAGGCUGCAGGAAAGAGUAGUCUCUCAGGCUUGCCAAAUUCUCAUGUACUUUCUCUUGGCUGCCAGCAUCAUCAAGAAGGGGUCCAGGAGGGGUGGGUAACAACAUCGCUCCUUGUAAUAUCCCAGCUCUACCUUUCUUCUUCUUUUCACACUAUAACUUUGUCCUAAAUGAUCACAGUUAUAUGAUUCACUUGGUAAAAGAAGGGAGACAUUGAAGUGGAUGGUAAUUUGACCCAGAAUCCCUUCCCUACCUGUUAACUUCCCUGCUUUCCUUCACUAUUGUCCUGAGAGCAGAGCCAAAAUCUAGGGCCUCAAAGAAAAACUGUGAAGGAGCUGUGGCUAGAGACAGUUAUCUUUCUUAUUUCUCCAUUUGAUCUAGCAUCCAUAACAGAUGUCAAAUAAAUAAAGCUGCAGCAAGCUCAUGAUGGAGCCUUUAAGAUAUCUGAGAACACUCUGAAAAUGGCCCAAAGUGAGUCAGCAUUGCCUUAGAGAGGGAUUACAAUCUAGCGGGCUUACCCUAAGGCUUGCCGCAGCUGGGUUAGCAUUUCUCCUUUGGCACUACCUGGCCUUCCCUGAGCUGUUUGAGGCACGAGACCUGCCAUCACUCCCCUUCCCCCACAAUGUUACCUUCUUGCCCCAUCACCACUACAUCACAGUCUAAAUUUUUCCUUCUCACGUCUGUAUUUAUGUUUUCCCUUCUUUUUGUGUCCUAAAGUUUUUCUUUCCUAUUUUUUCUUCCUUUCUUUUCUUUUCUUUUUAUUCCUGUUCUCAUCUCCUGUAGCAUCCUCCACUCCUUUCUAUCUUGGGUUUCCUAUCCCCUGACAUCUCUCUGUCUCUUCUCUUGCCUUUCCCUCCCUUCUGCUCCCCUCCUAUUUCUCUCCCCCUCCCUCCCUCUCUCUCACUCUCUCUCAUAGUUAGCAUUAAUUUUUAGCAGCAGAGAACCUUCAUCCUCCAUAUUUCCAUUCCUCUUUCCAGUUCCCAGUUUCUCCUAUUCAAAGUUAAAAUUGGUGGGAGCUCAAUCACUUAGACUACUAAUGUAAGGUGAAAGAGUUGGAACAGUCAGCCUAGGAACUACCUCUCCUGGAAUCCUCAGUGGUUAUAUUUUAGCAACAGGUACACAAAGCAUGUAUGUAGGUGUGUGUGUUGGGUUCAUGUUGUGGGUGGAGAGUGCUGGACUAGUGGAUCUCCCUUUGAUUGCUUCAUAACCAGCCCCAAAAAUGCUGGAUCUGGAGCUCAUUCCAAGGCCAAAUCUGGCCAUUGAACAAAUGUCCCUGAGAUAGAGACAUUCAGUGAGCCAAAGCAAAGGGCAAGUUAAUUCCUCAAAGGAAUCAUGGCAGAGCAGACUAUCCUUGUGGAGAGGUUGGGGCAGGUCAGCCAGUUCAACAAAGAAAAACAGCUGGUGGAGAGAGAGAACAUGCAGGCUCUCUUUGUCAGCUUAGCAAGUAAGGGCCAGUCUUGAAAAUGGCUUGGGUUUCUCAAUGAAGUUUCUUUGGGCUUUUAGCCAUAGCUCUCCCAUUUAAGGAAUCCAUGGGCGUAUGUGUCCCAGCACACACAGAUGCCAAAGGGGGACCAGGAGAGUAGGAGACCAAGCAGUCAUGGAAGCAGAAAAUCAUUGAAAAUGUGAGCAAAGGAAUUCACUCAUUUGCUUCAACAAUAUUGAGAAUAAUAAUAUUAUCAAUAGCACUGCUUAUUGUGCAUUAUGACCCAGGUACUCUUCUUUUCAGAAAAGGAAAUCAAGGCUCAGACAAGUCAAUUAACUUGCUUCAGGUAACAGAAAAUUAGUGGCUAAACCAGCUUUCAGGCAGCUGCCUGGCUUAGCAUCAGUUAGGAAAUGGGCAGAGUAUAGCAUGACAUCACUACUGGGGGCACUAGGAUGCAGCAUUGAAAUUAGGGUGAGGCAAAUGAGACACCUAGGGUGCCAGCUUUAAGGAGGCAUCACUCUUCAGUGCAGACCUUACACUUGCACAACACUGAGAGUGAGCACCUCCUUAAAGUUUGAGUCUUAGGUGCCUCACUUGCUUCAUCAUCAUCCAAGCCCUCCUUGGAUGGAUCAGUCUUUACAGAACUAGAGGAAAGGCCCUAGGUUGAAAAUGAAUUUUAUACCUGAAUUUGUGCAUUUCAGUUGAGACUGCUAUAAUUUUAAUCUAAUUGAGCAUUGAGUAUGCAAGUUAGAGAAAUUAUCAUAUUAGUCUUAAAGGUUAAUUGCUGUAGCAAACAACUUCAACAUCUUAGAAACUUAACAUGCUAGUAGGUUUAUUUCUCACUCACCCUGUAGUCCAAUAAGGUAUUUGGCGGGCAGGCUCCCAUAUGGUAAUUCUGGGACCCAGUCUCCUCCCAUCAUCUUCCAGGGCCUUGGUGUCCUCUACAAGAGCCUCUGCAUCCAACCAGGAGAUGAGGGGAGAGGAAUGUGAGGAGGACCUCGGGGGACAUUUUCUGGGCCAGACCUAACAGUCAUGCACAUCCCUUCCAUCCAGAUUCCAUUGGCCAGAAUGUAGUCACACGGCCCUACCUAACUGCAAUGCAAUCUUACUGGAUGCCAAAGGAGAGAAGACAGAUGACAGUUAGUAGUGAAAAAUUUGCCUGUCUCUAUCACAGAGAUGUAACACAGGAACUUGCACUUGUGUGUACCUGUGUGUGCAUGUGUGUUUAUAAGCCGCAAGCUCACAACAACACAGCAGGCAAGUAGGAGCCACAGGUAAAGUUAAUCAUUGGCAGAGCUGGGAUUUGAACUCAGUUCCACCUGAUCCUAAAUAUUACUACUACUACAACUAGUACUAGUACUACUACUACUACUUCUAGCUACUAUUUCCUGAGCACUUACCAUGUUCCAAGCAUUAUUCUAAGUGCCUUACAUAUGCAUGAAGUCAUUUAUCCUCACAAAACCCCACUGAGAUAGAUGUACUAUUAUCUUCAGUUUAUGGAUGAGGAAACCAAGACUCAGACAUGUUAUGCAAAAACUUGACCAAGGUUACACAGCUGGUGAGUGAUGAAGCUGGGACUGGAGCUCAUGUUCUUCCUUAAUAUUUUGUGCAGACACUAGUCUGUGCGCAUCUGAGGACAUAUGAGAUACAAGAGGGUUAGUUCUGGCCCUGGAAGGAAUUGAUUGGCUUCUAGUUUGAAAAACUAGGCAUCCACAUGUGAUAUAUUUAAAUAAAAAUAUGGUACACUAUGCUUAGGGAUAAGAACAUGUGGAGUGUAUGUUAGCACUAUGAGAGGGGUAUUCAUGGAAUUGGUAAGACUGGAAUAGUAUUUAGAAGGCAGUGAGUAUUGACAAUCAUGGUUUUAACAUUGCUCUAAAUUGUGGCUUAUAGAAUUACUUUCUGAAAAAGAUGUUCUGGAACGUCCCACUGGGAACAUAGUAGCAACUGUCUUGAAGGUGAAAGGGUGCAGAAAGUUAUACAGCUUCCUGGCAAGGCAGGCAGGAAAAAUAUCCCUUAAUAAAAUGUCUUAACUCUUAGGUAUAUACUCCAAAGAAUUGAAAAAAGCAGUUCAAACAAAAACUUGUCCAAGGUUACAUAGCUGGUGAGUGAUGAAGCUGAGACUGGAACUCAUGUUCAAACAAAAGAGCCAUUCAAACAAAAACUUAUACAUAAAUGUUCAUAGCAACACUAUUCACAAUAUCCUAAAGGUGGAAACAACCCAAAUGUCCAUCAACUGAUGAAUAGAUAAACAAAAUGUGGUGUAUCUAUACAAUAGGAUAUUAGUUAGCUAUAAAAUGAAGGAAGUUCUGACACAUACUACGACAUGGAUGAACCUUGAAGCCACAAAGCUAGGUGAAAGAAGCCUGACCACAACGGCCACAUACUGUAUGAUUCCAUUUAUACAAAACAUCCUGAAUAGGUACAUUCAUAGAGAUGGAAACCUGAGUAGUGGUUGCCAGGGACUGGAGUGAGGGAAAAGCAGGGACUGGCUACUUACUGGGGUCGGGCAUUUGUGGGAGUGAUGAAAAUGUUCAGGAAGUAGGUAGUGGCGAGGGUUGCACAACAUUGUGAAUGUACUGAAUGUCGCUAAUGGUAAAUUAUAUUAUAUGUAUUUCAUCACAAUUAAAAAAAGAUAUAACUCUCACUCAUACCUACAAGGAGGGCCUUUAAGAGAUUUUAAAAUAGGAUCUGAAUGAACCUUGAGUACAUUAAGCUAAGUGACAUAAGCCAGUUGCAAAAAGACAAAUGCUGUG